AUGCCACAGGAGGACUUGCAGCUAUCAAACUUUCUGUCUCUACAAUUCUCCUAUCUUCGCUCGCUUACAAUAGACGCCUGCCCAAUCCAUAAGAAGGAGGAAGCAAUGAGCUUUUGGACGAGACACCCGACUCUCGAGACCAUUGCAAUUUUCACUAGAGAAAAAUAUACACGGUGGUUCGUGGACCCCCUCCCUCAAGUUUUUCUACCGAACCUGAGGCAUUUCAAGGCCCACUUUCGGGAGGUUAGGGCGCUUGCGCAGAUUUUGCCGCAGCUCCGCAGCCUCGCCGUAUGCAACAGUAUAAACGCACAAGUCCCAUACUUGCUUCGUUCGAUUGUAGAUGGUGGAUUACCCAAGUUAAAGAGCCUCUACAUUCGCCAGACUGCUUCCUCGAGUACCAGAAACGUCAAUAUCGAGGGUGCCUUAUGGUACGAGGCUCAGGAUGGCACCUUCCAUGACGGUCGAGAAGGGAGCAUCAAGCGCCAGGGCCAAGCUAGUAAGAGGGAUUUCCUAAAGGAAUACGUACAUUCGAUUGUGCGCGGGGUACCUAACAUCGAAGAGCUAUGCUUCAUUUCGCUGCCAAGUCUGACCGAUCUGAUUGGAAUGUCCAGUGACUUCUCCGGACUGAAAAACCUGAAACGGAUGUAUAUUGAGGUUGCCGCUGCCUACGAAGAUGAAGUACGGGAUAAAAUCCUUGCUAAUGCCUCGCUAGUGUUGGCACAGCAAUCCGGCCUUGCCUCAUUGGAAUCUGUGACGAAUUUUACUCCCGAAUUCCCAUUCUCAGUUGCGAAAAUUCAGCGAGACCGAGAUGGUUAUCCUGACGAAGUCGUCAUGGAUCGAGGAGGAGGAAUGGAGAUUGGGAACGAAGAUGUGGCAUUUCUCUAUGCCGACCCUGAUAUGAGGUGCUGCGUAGAAUAA